AUGAGCAAAGCCGCGUUCGCGGGACUGAAAACCUUGCAAGAGCUUCGCUUUCACCUGUGUCAGACGAGCAAAGGGAGCGAGGGCGUGAGGAAUUUCUUGAUGUCGAGCUAUAAAAACUUGAAGGCGGCGUCGCCGACGACGCCGGUGCUGAUUCGCGAGGCGAGCGGGAUCGAGGGGAAGUUGUACGCGCGGUACGACUACGGCGUGGAGAAGUGCGUGAAGCUCGAGGGACUGGACGCGAAGGAGGUGGAGAAGUGCCUGCGCGAUCUCGUGUCUUCGGCGCCGUGA